AGCCAGCUAUGUACGUACCUACUUUUUUGCAUCAUUGAUUUGGAAAAUGACCUUUAGACGAACAAAGCGCCAUCGAAGUUACUCUGAAAGCCGUCACCUUUGAAGCGUUCUGAAACUAAAGUUUUGCUCCACUGUAAGUGCAACUUUUUCUUUAUCAAAACCCCAAGACAACAAAUUUCAGUUUCAUCAAUAUGUUUCUGAGUUGUUGUCAAUCUGUGUAGAGUCGAACGAGCCAUGCCGAGACUUACCAGGGCACGAAAAGACGCGCGGAAAGCCAAAGUAGACGCCUGGAAAGCGUACGAGACGAGCACCACUGGUAAUAAUAUUAAUAAUGCUCCUCCUGCUUCGAUUUGGGCUCCAUGUGGCACAAGCUCUGACCUUGUAUCGGCCGGAGGAGAAACGAGUGUUUCAACGGCGGGAGAAAGCAAACAGGAAAAUGCAACUGAGAGUGAUGCUUCUGCAGCGGUGCAGGAUAAGAUAGCCGAAAAGAGUACGGCUGAAAUUGGCAAGGAGAGAUCAGAUGGAGGAGAAAGGGGGCCGGGAGAAAACAAAUACCAAAAGGUAAAUGAAAGGGACGACCGUUCGAGCUACGCUGGGAACAAGAAUUUCAGACAUUAUUUUAAUGGCAGAAAUUCGAAUGCAUUGCAAAAUUAUAAAGAAUAUAAUUCUAGACAAGGUGGGCAACAUGGGUAUUAUGAAAAUCUGAGGAGAGAUCGCGAAGGAUAUAAUGAAGGCAACAUCAGACGUAUCGAUGCCCUUGGAAGAGCUUUUGAUAGGAUGAUCCAGAAUCACGAUUCAAACAUUUUCAUUGACACACAUACCCCUCGUAACGGGGAGAGAGCGAAGGAGACAGAGGAUGAUGAUGCACCACUCGAGAGACCUACCUCCCCAGCAUAUAUAUUACCAUUAAUAACCUCUUCAGCUAGGGGACCGAGUCAUCAUGAGUAUGGGAAGCCAAGCAGAGCUGGUGCUACUAUGCCCCCAGCUACAAUACCUACUACAGUGUUCGAGACUCCUAUCACUUCAAUCGAUCCUGAUUGGCGAGAGGGAGAUCCAAUUGGCACACGGGGAUGGCGUGAAUUUGUGAGCCGUGUCAUAAUGGGGAUGGUCUCUUCUACAGGGGCCCAACGAUUAGUGUGGGCCGGUCAUGGUCCACAACAUGGUGCAGGGAGACACGAGGACAUCUUUGAGUCCGUGGCACAACUGAGAGUAGAGUAUGAUUACUUACAGGCCGAGCUUGAGCGAGCGCGAGCAGAGAGAGAUCAGUUGCAUCGAGAGAACGUUCAGCUCAGGGUAGAGGCAGCAGAGCUCAGAGGUAUUGUCCGAGGGAUAGAGAUACAGAGUCACUCACGGUCUAUGGCAUCACAUAGACAAUCGUUUAUCCCACAAUCACCACCACUAGGACUUUAGGGUUCUGCCAGCGAUCAUACAUAAGGUGAUGAGAUAUGUUAUAUGAUUGUACACCGCAUUUUAUUUCAGUGGUGAUUUUGAUGUACAUCUUGUAUUGAAAGCUAUUGCGCAUAUAUAUAUAU